UUUACAACUUUUUAUUUUUUGUAGAAUGUGUCAAAGACAAAUGGAUAUGUGUCAAGGAAUAACACCACCAAAAUGUUCUGGACAACAAAAAGAAACAAAAAAAUCCAAAUUAAUAAAACAACACAAUAAAGAUGAAAAUAAAUAUAGAAAUGAAGAAAAUGAAUUUGUUGAUAUCCCAGAAAGUGCCCAAAUAGAAAAAGUUUUGGUUAAAGAAAGUGAGGCUGAUUGGAGCUUGGAUAGUGGGGUGGUGUUGGAAGAUGGGGGGACGGAGAAGGGGAAAUUGGUUAAGGGAGUGUUGAAGCAGAAGAUGAGGGAAGAAAAGGGGAUGAAGAAGAAGGAAGAGAUGAGUGAAGAUAAGGAGGAGGGGAAGAAGAUGAAGGAAGAAGAUGAGGAGGGGAAGAAAAAGAGGGAAGAAGAAGAGAGGAAGAUGGAGGAAGAAAAAAGGGAAGAAAAUGAGAAGAGGAUGAAGAAAAGGGGAGAAAAGGAAGAGAAUGGUGAAGGGAAGAAGAAUAAAGAAGAGAAGAAGGAAGACUUCAAAAAAGAAGCAAAUAGUGAAGCUGGACAGGAAAAAGUAGUUAAGGAAGAAAAUAAGGACAAAAAGGAAUUGGGACAAAAUGUCACAGUCAAAAAUGCAAUUAAUGAAGAAAACAAAAAUUUUAAUAAAAUUGAACAUAAAAUGGAAAAAAGACGAGAAAAAAUCGCUGAGGAGGAAGAACAGGAAAAUGGGGGAGAGGAAGAAGUUGAAGCUAAUAAUGAUUGGAGUUUGUUGGUUAAAGGAAGGGGAAGAAGAGCCCUAACAUCACUACAAUCGCUACCUUCUACCUCAUCUCUCCAAAACCACAAAAUAGAAGUAGAUGUGGCAUCCCCCCAAAUGCUCGUAUUAGAUAACGAGGAUUAUGCCCGCAUUGGAAAAUUAAAGGAGGAAAAGACCAACAAUUUAAUAAAAAAUUUUGAAGAAAAAAAUAUAGUAAAGGGAAACUUGUGUGUUGGAACAGACCAUUUAAUUGUUGGAAUAUUGACGGUUUUGGGGGUUAUGUUAGCUGCUUAUGGAGCUUUUUGGAUUUUAGAGAAGCGAUGGAAAAGAAAAAAUGUUGAUGAAAUAUUUUAUUUGGGUGGAAAGUUGAUUUGUCGGUGA